AGCUACCUCGUCUGAGACGUUUUGAAUUUGUAUUUCAUUGCAGGUUAAGUUGUAUCGAUUAUCUCGUGUUUUUAGUCACAUACGUUUUAAAUAUUAUCCACGUUUCAAUGUGUAUUUGUUGUGUACACUGUUGCAGCCGAGCACGAGCUAACGCUACCUGAGCUAACUUGCUAGCUAAAACCGCUAACAGCAUGGACGAACUUGACGCGAAGGUGUCGACUUUAAGAGGUUGUUCUUCUGCUUCCUGCUCUUCCACAUUGAUUUGAACCGGUUUCUCAUCAUGAAGCGCCACGUCAACAGUGUCACUCACACUUUCUGAACAAACAAACAGAACAGAGGGAACACGUCAUAAGAAGAUUUUCAUUUAUCUUUUAAUAAAAAGUUCAAAUACAGCCCAACUUUUAUAAUACAUUUGAGCAAAAGGCUGCAAAAUGUCUAAUUAACACCAGCUGAGAAAAACAGUUUUAUAUAUGUGUGUGUGCAGGAAUGUGGUCGUGAAUGUGACGUGACGCUGGGCUCAGAGAUGAAUUACAAAGUUGAUCUGAAGAAGACGGAUUAAUGUUGUUACACAGUAUGAAAGGAAAAUGAACCAGUGAAUCGAUUCUACUUGACCUUUGUUGUCAUAUCACAAUGAAAACACAACAAUGAAAUCUGCCUCUUCAACAACACCCACAUUCACGCCCACAUACCUGCACACAACUAUAUAUAAAAUGGUUCAAAUCAAAGAGGAAGAGCAGGAGGCAGAAGAGAGACGUGCCACUAACAGAAGAAGAAGACAAAGCAAGAGUCACACAAAAACUGAGAAAAUGUCCCAGGAAGAAACAAAAAGUGAAGAAGAUGUGAAGACAGAGGACUCUGAAUGCAAAGAGGAGCCCAGAAAGGAACGUGUUUACCGUGAAAGAGAUGUUCUUUACGACGUGAUGCUAAACCAGACAAACAUCGAGGCAUCAUCAAACACCAACAAAUUUUAUCGGAUCCAGUUGCUUGAAGUCGUCGGCUCCAACAUUUAUAUUGUGAGGACACAAUCAGGCAGAGUGGGAAGUAAAUAUAAAACUGAGUACGUAUAUGAAAAAAGUAAACUGGAGGAAGCCAAAGAGUUCUUCAAGAAGAAGUUUCGGGAACAGACCAAGAACAAGUGGGAGAACCGGGAGAAAUUUAAGAAAGUAGAUGGAAAAUAUGACUUGGUGUUAAUAGACCACAACACAGAUGAAAAGCCCUCAGAGUUGGAUGAGAAGAUCCAGACUCUACUGAAGCUCAUCUUUGACCCCGUAGCCAUGGAGGAGAAGAAGGAGAUUAACCCCAACAAAGUUCCACUCGGCAAACUGACCUCAGAGCAGAUCGAUGCAGGCUAUGAGGCUCUAAAGAGCAUAGAGGAGUGUUUGAAGAAGGAUGGCACAGAUGAUGAAUUGAAGGAACCCUGCUGCAAGUUUUACACUCGUAUCCCCCAUGACUUUGGGAAAAAAACUACCCCACCAAUCAUCAAAACAGAAGAAGAGCUGAAGGAGAAAAAAGCCCUGUUGGAGGAACUAAGAGACAUUGGUAAACAUCCUCUGGACAGACUGUAUGACUCCCUCCAGUUUGACCUGCAGCCUCUGGACUCAGCCAGUGAUGAGUAUAAGCGGAUAGAAAAGUACCUGCAGACAACUCAAGACUCCACAGACUUCACCAUGACUGUCAUUGACAUCUUCUCAGUGAACAAAAAAGGAGUGACCUGUCACAGUUAA